AUGGUCACACCACUCGAUGUGCCGGGAUGUCCCUCCAUGUACCACCACAACGAGGGCUACCCAAACCCGCAGCACAGCAAUGAAGGCUACCUGUUUGAAAAUGACUCCCGUGUGGUUCCAGAGAAGUUCGAAGGUGAGGUGAAGCAGGAGGGCGGCGGUGUUUUCCGCGAGGGCACGCCUUACCAGCGCCGCGGCUCUUUGCAGCUCUGGCAGUUCCUGGUGGCCCUGCUGGACGACCCGGGCAACGCCCACUUCAUCGCCUGGACCGGCCGCGGCAUGGAGUUCAAACUCAUCGAACCCGAGGAG